CUGAGGCGAAGAGGGCGGUGGCGGCGGCGGUGGCGGCGAGGCGGCGAAGGUGAUGGCGACGCGGGGCCCAUGAGGCGGCGGCCGGCGGGACGGGCCGAGGCCCGGUGGAGGAGGCGGCUUCGGGGGCGCCCACCGCCGGUUUCUGCUGCCAAAAAAGUCGAGUUAUUGUCUGAAAUGCAAAGCCGAUUGGAAAUAUUUUCAUGGCUGUAAGUCCUCAAAGCUACUCACUUAUUAGGCUGCAGAGAUGGCUCCGGUGGGUCAAAGCCCUUGCUGUAAAAGCAUGAAGAUACAAGUAUCCAUGUAGAAGCUGUACACUGGGGGCUGGAGAACUGGUUCAGCAGGUAACAGUGUGUGCUAGUCUUACAGGGGACCUGACACCUAUCACACUGCUCUAAGGAGAUCUAGCUGCCUUUGGCUUUCAUAGGAACCCACACACAUGGAUUAUAACUUGUGUAUUCAGUGACAGAAGACUUGAUGGAUCCAGUUAGCUCAAAGUCCUGUCUGAUUUUGGUGAAAUUCCCUUUUUAAAAAAAACAACCCUAGGGGUUGGGGAUUUAGCUCAGUGGUAGAGCGCUUGCCUAGCAAGCACAAGGCCCUGGGUUCGGUCCCCAGCUCCGAAAAAAAAGAAAAGAAAAAAAAAAAACAACCUGGGGUUGGGGAUUUAGCUCAGUGGUAGAGCACUCAAGGUCCUGGGUUCGGUCCCCAGCUCCGAAAAAAAGAAAAAGAAAAAAAACCAACCCAAAACUGUUUAUGAGUAAGCUACUAGAAGGCAGGCAGCAGGCUGGCUCACAACUAUAGUGCCACCUGCCUGCUUUGUUCUUUGAGGGUUUUCCUGUAUAGCCCAUGCUGACCCUCCUCCUCCACCCCCCUUUCUUUUUCUGUUAUGGUCUAUGUAGCUUUGGCUGACUUGGAAUUCACUAUGUUAACCAGGUUGUUCUUGAACUCAGACCUGCCUGCUUCUGCCUCCCAAGUACUGGGUUUAAAGGCAUGCCUAGUCCUCGGUCUGAACUCCUUUCCCUGCUUAUCUGUCUCUGUGUGCACUGUCUGUACGCCUGACUCCAGGGGAGGCCAGAAGAGGAUGUUGAUUCCCUGGGAACUGGAGUUACAGAUAGUUGUAGGCUGCUAUGUGGAUGCUGCUAAUUAAACCUGAGUCCUCAUCAAAGCAACAGCACCUGCUUUAAACCACUGCACCAGCCCGCCAGCCCCUGGUUCUAACCUCCUGAUCACCCUGCCUUGUCACCCACUAGUUUAACAUAAGUGUCAGCUUUUCACUUGUAGAAUUCGACAUAGUUGUCUCUGACUUACUGUUUCAUGGGUGUUUUGGAAUCUCCCCUCCCCCGCCCUCUCCCAUAGUAAAACAACAACAAAAUCCAAAGUUACUGUUAAAUUACUGUGAAUAUUCAGGGUUUCUUUUUGUUUUUGAAAUAGGGUCUGUAUUCCAUAAACUAGCUGGCCUCAGACUUCAGGGAGAUCUGCCUGCCUCUGACUCCUGAGUGCUGAGAUUAAAGGUUAUGCACCACCAGGUCCAGCCUCAGGAAUUGUUUUAAGUUUAUUUGUUAAAUAAAAUGAUAAUAGUGAACAAAGCUGGUGUCUUAUGGAUGACAUUUGGCCUCAGCUUUUCAGAGUUUAAUAAUGGACACUGAUUUCUGCUUCAUUGGUUUGUUUUGUUGUCUUGAGACAAGAGUCUUGUAUGUAGCCGGCCAGCCUGGAACUCUGUGGAGACCAAUCUGACCUCAAAUUCACUUUUUAUAUUUUGAGUCACAGUCCAGGUGUUUUCUUUCCCUGACUCUGUGAGGCAUUGGAUCUGUAAAUCACCUCCUGUGGAGGUGGUGUCCCGGUGAGGAGCCAGCUGUGGGUGUUUGAGCAGAACCGCUUGCUCCUACUGGGCUGCUCAAAUCUUAGUGAGAAGCGCUUGCUGUGAGCGAGGCAGGCCUUGGUAGCCUGCUGCAGCUUUUGUUUUCUGCUGGAAUCUUCAAAGUUCAUUGGUGGCUUUGUUUUGAGUCAGGGCCUCCCUUUUAACCCUGGCUGGCCUGGAACUCUAAGACAUCUGCCUGCCUCUGCCUUGCUCUUCCAAAUGCUAUUCGCCACCCUGCCCAGCAGUGCUGAAUUUUCACUAAUUAAUCGUUUCCCUAUUAGAUUUUCUUUUUCUUUUUCUUUUUUUUUUGAUGUAACAGCAAGAGGUAGCUUUAUUAACGAGAUCCCAGGUCUUAGCGGGAUCCCGGGUCGACACGUAUCUCACACAGGAGACAGAGGAAUCGACCUAGAUUUUCUUUUAUUUUUAAGUUAAGUUGAUUUAUUUUGCUUGGAUGUAUGUAUGUGUACUGUGUGCUUAUCUGGUGCCUGCAGAGGCCAAAACUAGGUAUCACAUCCCCUGGAACUAGAGUUAACAGAAUUGUGAGCCUCUAAGUGGAUGCUGGGAACUGCUCCCAGGUCCUCUGGAAGAGCAGACAGUGAGCCUAACUGCUGAGACAUCUGUCCAGCCCCUAUCAGGUUUUCAUGGAGCCUGAUGAUUUAAAAACAUUGAGGUCACUGUUAAUUUCUCUUGUCACUUGUUUUGGGAGGAGAGAAGAGUGGUAGUCACAGUCAAGCCUGUUUCCAUCUCAUUCUGAGUGACCCCUGUAGCACACAGAGAACUUUGUUUCUUCCUGAAAGUGACAUGUUAGUGACUCAUUGUUUUCUGUGGGAGGAAGUUUAUGACCAGAUCUUUUCUUUUUCUCUUCCAGAGAGAAUUUGGGAAAGUAACAAACACAGCACAGAGUCUGAAAGGAGGUUUUGGGUAACGGAGGUUCUGGUUAACAGGGCAAACCAAUUCCACCACCAUGAGUUGGAGCUUCCUGACUCGCCUGCUAGAGGAGAUACACAACCAUUCGACGUUUGUAGGGAAGAUCUGGCUCACUGUGCUGAUUGUCUUUCGAAUUGUCCUAACUGCGGUAGGAGGAGAGUCCAUCUACUAUGAUGAGCAAAGCAAAUUUGUGUGCAACACAGAGCAGCCGGGCUGUGAGAACGUCUGCUAUGAUGCCUUUGCCCCGCUCUCCCACGUGCGCUUCUGGGUAUUCCAGAUCAUCCUGGUUGCUACUCCCUCUGUGAUGUACCUGGGAUAUGCUAUUCACAAGAUUGCCAAAAUGGAGCACGGCGAGGCAGACAAGAAGGCAGCUCGGAGCAAACCCUAUGCCAUGCGUUGGAAGCAGCACCGGGCUCUGGAAGAAACGGAAGAGGACCAUGAAGAGGAUCCUAUGAUGUACCCAGAGAUGGAGUUAGAAAGCGAGAAAGAAAAUAAAGAGCAGAGCCAACCAAAACCCAAGCAUGAUGGCCGCCGACGCAUUCGUGAGGAUGGGCUCAUGAAAAUCUAUGUGUUGCAGCUGCUAGCCAGGACUGUGUUUGAGGUGGGCUUUCUCAUAGGGCAGUAUUUCCUGUAUGGCUUCCAAGUACACCCAUUUUAUGUGUGCAGCAGACUUCCUUGUCCUCAUAAGAUAGACUGCUUUAUUUCUAGACCCACUGAAAAGACCAUCUUCCUUCUGAUAAUGUAUGGUGUCACAGGCCUCUGCCUAUUGCUUAACAUUUGGGAGAUGCUUCAUCUAGGGUUUGGGACCAUUCGAGACUCACUAAACAGUAAAAGGAGGGAACUUGAUGAUCCGGGUGCUUAUAAUUAUCCUUUCACUUGGAAUACACCAUCUGCUCCCCCAGGCUAUAACAUUGCUGUCAAACCAGAUCAAAUCCAGUACACUGAGUUGUCCAAUGCUAAGAUUGCCUACAAGCAGAACAAAGCCAAUAUCGCCCAGGAGCAGCAGUACGGCAGCCACGAGGAGCACCUCCCGGCCGAUCUGGAGACCCUGCAGCGGGAGAUCAGAAUGGCCCAGGAACGCUUGGAUCUAGCAAUCCAGGCCUACCAUCACCAGAACAACCCCCAUGGUCCUCGGGAAAAGAAGGCCAAAGUGGGGUCCAAAUCUGGGUCCAACAAAAGCAGUAUUAGUAGCAAAUCAGGAGAUGGGAAGACCUCCGUCUGGAUUUAAUCUUGGUUGGGCUUAAAGCUUGGGUUUCCAUAGUUUAUGGUAAGCAGCAACUUGCUGAAUGAUGACUCCCAUUGAGUAAACAUCUGGCUCUGGUUAUCUUCAGGGAUGCUGUUGGCUCGUGAUCCAAACUCAGGGGACUGAAAGUGGAUCUGGGAUGAGUCCGGAGCGGGAAACACAGUGUUCCCAGGCACAGGUUCUCAGCAAUAAUGCAGUUGCAGAACUCUAAGCUGUGUCUUCCAGAUCCGGAGAAGAACAGAUAUAUUUAAAUCAUUCUUGUUGAACAGUUUUGUAUGUACAGUAUUAUGGUACAUUUUUUUUUAGUAUGAUAACUUUUUUGUAUUUGUACAUUGGACUGCUGUAGUUACACUUUUUUAUAUUAAAGGAAAAAUCCUUGUAAA